UGUGUUGAUAAUGAGUUUAUUUUCAUCUUUUUUCGAAUUAUAAAAACUGAAUGUAAAUUUUAUUAGAUCUCCAAAUAAUGAACGGAUCCACGGCUAGCUCUCAUCACAAUCAAAAGCUUUCAUUAGCAUGUGUCCAUACUUUUAUCAUUUAUUUCAUAAAUGUGUUGUUCACCUGUCUUAAUCAUACAAACGAUACCUGCUUUGUUGCUUAUGAAUAAGAAAAGAGGACUGACUUUUAAGACAAUGAACUUGACAGGUGUGGCCUUUAAAUGGAAAGUAAUACCCGUCCAGGAACAUCAAAGAACUGUUGAUGGGGAGGUUCAUCAAAGACCAACUGUCUGCUAUAAAUGGUCUUCUAGCCAAGCCUACCCACACUUUCACUUGAGCUGAGGACAAGCAAGGGACAAGAAGCAAGCUGCUCUCUUUCCCAGGCAAGUCUACAAGCACAACAACAAAACCCAGAAUAUGGAGCAUCACAUUUUCAUUUUCUUCCUCGGCGGACUUGCUAUGUUUUGGACAGGAAUCGUCACUACGGACCCUGUUCCGGUAACGGACACAAUGGAAGACGGGGACAUGUAUGGUGUUGAGGUACAUCCCACCUUAGAUGGCAAUAGCUCUGUCUCCAAUGCUGCGGUUGCUCCCGCUUUGCGACACAGGGGGUCUCAACACAAGAGCAGGUAUCCGAGGUACAUGAUGCACCUCUACCGCUCCGUCAAAUCCGCUGGCAGGGUCGCAGCAGCAGCGGCAGCAGCGGGUCAAGCCGAGGACAACCCAGUUCUAAAGGAAUCCAAUUCGGUACUGAGCCUGGUGGCAAAAAGCUGCCAUCAGAUUGGGGAUAAAUGGAGUGUCACUUUUGACAUGUCUUCCAUCUCUGCUGAUGACGAUGUCCAGCUGUCUGAGCUCCGCUUCAGACUGCCUUCUUUCUCUGCAUCUAAAAGAGUGACGGUGGAGAUCUUUCACUCCAGGGAGCAGGAGUGUGCCGAGGAGUCAGAUAGCCAGCCAUGCCAGGACCGCUUGUUCCUGGGCAGCUUCAGUGCCUCUCCAGCUGACACUAACUCAUCCUGGAAAAUCUUCAACGUCACAGCCUUGCUCAAGUACUGGCUCCACCAGGGGGAGAGUUUUGUGAACGGAGAGGGGGCAGCAGUCAUAGGGGAUCCCCUCCAUGAAGUGCCAGAAGAGGAACACAAGGAGAGGCUGGAGCAGGGACAAGAGCACAAGCACCACGCCAACAGCACUGAGAGCAGCAGCGAGAGGAAAGUCUACCAUAAGACUGUGGACCGAGUCAUGAUGGUGGUCUUCUCCAAACACAACCACUCCAGAGAGGAAACGGGUAUGCCAACCCUUAUCCACACUGUGGAGCACUCCAAAUAUAUUACCCUGGACAAAGCUGUGGACCAGUCAGGUCGGCGACAGAAGAGGAACAGGAAUGGGCAGGAGAGAGUGAAGUUGGCCGGUAAUGUUGGGGGCACCGCUCCCACACCUGAGAGCCCCCAGAGUCCACUGUGCAGGAAGGUGGACAUGUGGGUAGACUUUGACCAGAUUGGCUGGAACCAGUGGAUCGUGCACCCGAAACGGUACAAUGCCUUCAGGUGUGAGGGAGAGUGUCCCUGUCCUGUGGAUGAGACAUUUAAUCCUACCAACCAUGCAUACAUGCAGAGUCUGGUGAAACUGUACCAUCCAGACAAAGUGCCAAGUAUAUCCUGUGUGCCCACAAGACUCGGCCCACUUUCCAUGCUCUAUUACGAGAAUGGAGAGCUGGUACUGCGACAUCAUGAGGAAAUGAUGGUGGAGGAGUGUGGCUGUCACUGAGCAGAACCCCUUAACAGCAUCGUAGUGUAACUCAAAUUCACUUCGGACUUAGAAAUUAGAAGUCCGCACUUAGAAAUCAGAAGCACAAGAAGCAAAAGACUCGUUUCCUAUCUUUAUUCAUGAAAUGAGAUGUGGGGGCUCGAUGCGAGUAACCCAAAAGGAAUGGAAACUCAGGUGGUCUGGUUUCAAAUGUAUUUUUAUAAAAUACUGAAUUUUUGCUUCAGGUAUGACCUUGUUAACUAGGUAUAUGUUACUUUUUGCAAUGUGUGGAAUGGUAUUGUUUUUUAAUAUACAUAUAUUUUGUGCCAGAGUGUAGACUGACUUUUCAGUCAUUUCCUGGCCAAGGUAAAUCAUAAAAGCUCUUGUACAGUAUAUAUCUUUUGUAUGUUGUUAUCUAAUGUCAGGGAUGUGAUAUUUACCGUUUCAAAAAUUUAGUUAUAAUAAAUACAUGUAAUUAGAAAUGUGAAUAAUGUAUAUAUCAUAUAUAUUGUUGAUUAGAUUGCAAUUCAGGCUAUUUGUAAGCUUUCAGUUCCCCAUUGUUGUAAUCAAGCUACACAGAUUCAUUCUUGGGGGUCAUUAAAGUAGUUUGUAAAAUAUGAAUUGAUGUUUUUAAAAUCAUAUGGAUUGGUAAUUAUAAUAAUUGUUUAA